GAAAGGCGGGUGAGGGGAAGGGGGAGGGCGGGGAGGGGGUGGGGGGGAUGGGGAGGGAGGAGAGUGGGGAGAGCAUGGGAAUGUUUCAAAAAGAUCUGACCGCACAACCCGGCGUGCUACCGCAACCAGCGAACGGAUCGCGAGAUGAGGUACCCCCGGGGAGGUGCAGGGAGUUGCGCGCAGGGAUGAGUGCGCAGGGAGGUGCGCGCGCACAGCGGAUCAAGCGCGAGCAACGCGCCGCGCGGCAUGGGAGGCGGGGAGCAAGGGAGAGGGAGGGGGAGUGA